AUGGAGGCGAAAGCGUCAGAGCUCUUGGCGGCCUUUAAAAAUCCCAACUUAUCUGUUGAUUCCAAGGUCGCCUACCUGACGAGUGUCAAAUCCGAUAUCAAACAAAAAAAUGUCCCAGAAGGCGCCAUUGCUACAAUUUUCGAGACAUUGCGCCUCGCCAUUAGCUCUCAACAUUACUCCGUCUGCGGUGCUGGGUUUUCGACCCUCGGCCACCUCCUGAAGCGCCUCACAAUACAAGACCAGCAGCAGUGGAUCGUCAACCAAGCGCGCAACUUGUAUACUCUCUUGUUAGAACGCUUGAAUGACCACAAAGAACGAAUCAGAGCUCAGGCUGCGUCAAUAUUCACUGACCUGUGGCCUGUGGCAGGCAGUGAGGUCGAGUAUUAUGUUCUAGAGGUUGCUUUGAUCGGAAAAAACCCUCGGGCAAAGGAAAUGAGUAUGCUUUGGCUGUCAAAUAUGACCAAAAACCAUGGUUUAUUAUACCGCCAGCAUGUUCCUGCUCUGGUUGCCUGCCUCGAAGACGCAGACAGUGGUGUUAGAGAUACGGCUAAGCAAGUUGUCAUCGAGCUAUUCCGGUCUGGACCUGCGAGAGCGAAAUCCGAUCUGCAGAAGCAAAUCACGGCUCGCGGAGUGAGAAAAUCCAUCGCAAAUUCUAUUCUGUCAGCCAUAGGCCUGGGUUCAACUGAUCCCGAGGCUGUAUCAUCUGCACGACCAAUUUCUCGUGCUGAACGCCCGAUCUCAGUCAUGUCAUCUCGUUCACAUGCCGUGGAUCACACCGAAGAUGAAAUGGAACCCGUCAAGCGUCCAGCCUCAAGGGCUCAUCGCGAACGAUCCGCUGCUCCUUCGGCGCCUGUAGAAGCACCAACAUACCACCGAUCUCAUACACCGGCUGGUGACCCACCGGCCCAGAAACCAUUGCCUGAUGACGAUGGUCUGGAACCCUUUGACGUAGCCUCCGCUAGAGACAUCGAUGAUCUUGUGCGUGACAUGCUCCCUUGGUUUGAGGGGAGGGAGUCUGAAGACAACUGGUCAAAGCGUGAAAAGAAUGUCAUUCUUUUCCGCAGACUUACGCGAGGUAACGCGCCGCAUGACUUCAUGCAGACCUAUAUCAAUGCUACAAAGACACUCCUUGAUGGUAUUUUCAAGGUCGUCAACUCCCUUCGGACAACAAUGUCGACCAAUGGAAGUCUCCUGAUUCAGGAUAUCGCGCGCACAUGUGGUCCUAGAAUUGACUCGAUGGUUGAAAUAAUCAUGCAGAACCUGAUGAAGCUCUGCUCAGCUUUGAAGAAGAUUGCCGCCCAGAACGGAAAUGCAGCUGUUGACGCGGUCAUUGAAAAUGUCUCCUUCAGUAUCCGUCUCCUGCAGCAUGUUUCAUUUGCAUCCCAGGACAAGAACGUCCAGGUGCGUCUAUUUGCCACAGGAUGGCUCAAAACCUUGAUCACUCGACAGGCCCAUCAAAAGAGCACAGUUGAACAUGGUGGCGGUCUUGAUCUCGUCGAAAAGGCCAUUAAGAAGGGACUUGCAGAUGCAAACCCGGCUGUUCGUGAGGCAAGUCGCAGUACUUUCUGGACCUUCUUCUCUGUGUGGCCUGAGCGUGCUGAAGCGAUAAUGAAUACACUUGAUGCCAAGUCACGAACUCUGCUGGAGAAAGAUGGGUCCAAUCCUAACGGUGGCCCGAGGCCCGCUUCUGCAUUGCCUGCGAAGAGUCCCACCAAAAGUCGUACAGCCCUUCAAGAAGCCAUUGCUGCUCGUAAGAGAGCUCAAACGCCUUCUCGUCCCGAGUCAGCCCAGCCAGCGUUGUCAGUCCAGCAAGCUUUCCCAGAGGCAAAGCCUCCUGCUGCUGCAAGGCCUACUCGCACUGUACCCACCGGAGCUCCUCUUUCUUCUUUGUCAUCGGCACCUAUGAGACCUGGCAUGAAGCCCCGAAGAGCAGAGUUGAGUCGUCCUGCAACCGCAGAUCCAUACGCCCGCCGCCCUGAGUCACGAACUCAGUCCACCCAUCCCAGCUCUGCUAGUAAACCGCCGACUAGCUCUCCUCGCUCUGUAAAGUCUAAACCAUCCACACCUAACGCGAAGCCCCUCACAGCUCCCCGCAUUCGCCCCCAUGAGGCGAAUCCAAGUGGCCCGGCGAAGGGUAGGCCUAAGAAGCUCGAUUUAUCGAAAUCAAAGUCCCACAACGAUCUUGGAGCAGCCAGUCGUGCCCGCAGUGAUUCGAACGAUAGUUUGACCAAUCCAUCUUCUGCAAGAACUCCUCGAACCCCUCGAACUCCUCGUUACGACAACCAUCUAAGUGCAUCCGAAGAUCAUCACUCUCCACCUCAAUUCUCGCCAGCAUCUGCGGUGUUUGACAGCCCUCAGUUUUCUGCCUCACAGCCUAUGUUGCACUCGGCACCACAUGGUACUCAUAUAGGGUCAGUUCCCGUUGAUGAACCGGAGCCAAUGGUGCUCGAGGAAUACGCCGAGCCUGCUGUUAUGCCACCAUCUCCACGGAUUGCCGAGCCAUAUGUAGCUGCACCUAUUGACGCACACUUGAUCCCUGUCCCUGAGUCUGUCUCCAAACCUCAUUCGGACCCAAUGAUCAUCUAUGAGGAUCCUGCCACACCUACAACACCUACCACUCCUACUCGGACCCGGCAUUCUCACUCAAUUGGCCACCUUACGCCUUCAAGGUCUUCUAUCCCCACGCGUUCCCCCAUCCGCUCUCCUGUGCGUUCUCCCGCCCGCUCGGAACAGCUCGAUCAGCAUGCAACCGAGCCUGAGACCGUGCUAGAGGAUGCCUCGACCUCAACAAUGUCAUCAGCGAAAAGGUCAACCCCCGAGUUGGCACCUAGCCAUGACUCGGCUCUGAACUUUGAAGCCCGAACUCCAUCGCCUACGCGCCGUGCGCCCCUUCAGCCAACCCCAUCCCCAUCAAGGGGUCAUGUUCAGCCCGCAGCGUCCAACAUUGUUACUGGAGUUGACUCGAUGGAUCUUGAAGACACCCCUGUAGGUUCUCCGGAAACCCAUUGCACGGAAAGCCAUGGCAGCAACGAGAAUGCGACUCCCCACAUGAGCAAGGUUGUAGACUUGCCCGUGCCGCGAUCUGUAGUCAAGCCGACUGCUCUUGAGGAAGUGCCAGUCAAUGAAUCGACACCCCGUCCCGCCAAUGUGAGAGAGCGAUCCAUGGAAGCGAUGUCUCAAUCAAUUCUUUCUAGCUCAACACCCGAUGACUCUACCCGGCGCAUUCGCAAGUUCAAUGACCGCCACCGUAGCCCAAGCCCGCGUUCCAAAGAUCCAGCGAAUGCAAGGGAAAUGAUUCACAAGGCCCUUGCCCGUAUCGCCUCCAGGACCAUGGAGCCAUCCGGAUACCGGAAGUUACAAGCGCUCUUCCAAUACCACGGAGAAGAGAUCGUUCCUCGCAGUCAGGAAUACAAUGCAAUGCUGGAGGCCUUGCUAGGGGAACUUGAAUCAGUUCCCACCAGUCGCAAGGACCAUGAUGUCAAGACCCAGGUUCUAGCCACCAUCCGGUCCAUGCUUCUACGCACCCGCGAACAGUUCCAGCCCUAUGACAUGCUGGCGAUGUCGGCUUUCAUUCGAGCCCGCCAACACUACGAAUCCUCCUCUCACUUUGUCACUUGCCUUGAGGAAGUGACCGACAAAUUAGUUUUCCUUACUCUGCCCCAGACUGCCAUCACCGGUGUCCUGCAAGCCCUGGAUCUCGGCGAGGACGCGGAAACCGACGAGACCCACCGCUCUAUCAUCAUGGGCCUCAACACAAUCCAGCAAUCUCUCACUCGUCCUAAAGUUGAAGUAGCUGACGACCUCCUUGCCAGCAUCGGUGCCGUUGUCAUGCAACAGUUGGGACACCCUCGACCUGGUGUGCGCAAGAGCGCCACUGAGCUCUGCACAUUCUUGAACCUGACGUUCGGCUCCGAGCGUGUGCAGAAGGUCACCCAACCUCCCCGCGAGGGCUCUCUCAACCUUCUCACGUAUUUCAUGGCUCGUCGAUCCCAGUAG